AUGGUGAAUGUGGGUGGCAAAGACGAGACACUGCGCAUCGCCAUCGCUCGUGGGCAUAUUACUGCCCGCCCUGAAACACUCCGUCUCAUCGCUGAACAAGGCAUGAAGAAGGGCGAUGUUUUGGAGGUCGCACGGCUUGCGGGUAUCAUGGCGGCAAAACGCACCGGUGAACUGAUCCCGUUGUGCCAUCCCCUCGCAUUGACUUCGAUUCGCGUUGAACUCGUUAUCGCAGAUGAUGUGCCGCAGAUUGAAAUUGAAGCAGAAGUCCAGACGGUGGGUCGUACAGGCGUAGAAAUGGAAGCACUCACCGCCGUGUCAGUUGCGGCUUUGACCGUUUAUGACAUGUGUAAGGCAGUGGACAGAGAGAUGGUUAUCGGCGAUGUCAGGCUUGUCAAGAAGACAGGCGGUAAAAGUGGCUCUUUCACAAGAGAUACAAAAGACACAAAGGACACCAUUUCAAAGGACACCGUUUCCAAUUCUAAUACGUAG